AUGACGCAAGACUUCUCAAUCUACCACAAGGACCUUGUCUUCGACAACAGAAUACGUGGAACGAAAUCGGUGGGAAUAGUGCCGUACAUCAAGCAGUGCGCCUUGCUGCGGAUAGUGGGCCACAUCAAGUUCAGCUACGUGACGCUGCAAGUGCUGCAGAGCUCGGCGCAUCCUGAGGACGACUCUAUCCGCAUCCGCUGGAGGAUCCGCGGAGUCAGCGCCCUCAAGUCCAUGUUGAUGUUCUGGAAAUUCAACAUCUUUAAGCUCCAGAACAGCAUUGACGAGCACGGCGUGGAUUGGUAUGACGGCUACUCCAUAUUCCAAGUGGGUGGCGAUGGGAAGAUCCACACGCACAUUGCCGACAAGGUGAUGCCGGACUGGAGCCGCGAGCUGGACUCCAAGCCGGCGCUGGGUGGCCUGUGGAGCGUGGUCGUGUCAGCCACAGCUCUGGUGCUGGUGCGACUGUGA